GAAAUGAAUGGAGUCUUAUUAUUGAUUAAACUUGUACAUCAGACAACCAAAAGUAUUUAGAAAAAAAUGUAUCCGGAUCCGUGGUUACAUGUGAGCACGUAAGAUACUGGUGCAGUGGUACACCCACCCCACGAGGCCAUCAUCUAUAAAUUUGAAAUUCGCUAAUUAAGUGAAUUGGGUGUUGACUUUCUUUAUUUCUGGCUCAUAUACCUCUAUUUGAUCUAUUCUACUAUUACAACAAAUUUACAAUCAAGUUCUAAGUCCUCCUUCAAUUUUCUAUCUUUGGAGCUUUAAAUAUAUACUUCCUUUGUUUUUUUUUUACUCUACUCGCUUUGACUUUUACACUAUUCAACACCUUUUUUUGACCGUCUUCUGUGUAUUAUAUAUGUAAGGAAAAACACUAUCCAAACUUAUCAUUCGAAAAGUUUUCUUAGGCAUGUUGAAGAGUGUUGGAGUGAUCCUGGUGAUCUCCGUUGCAGUGGCAUUUAUAUGUCAGUCAACCCUGCCUCCACCACCGCGAAUAUGUGGGCUUCCUGGUGGACCACCCGUAACAGCACCAAGGGUGAAGCUGAGGGAUGGUAGACAUUUGGCCUAUAAAGAGAUUGGUGUACCAAAGGAGAAUGCCAAGUUUAAGAUUGUAUAUGUUCAUGGCUUUGACAAUUCCAGACAUGAUGUCAUUAUUGCAUCUAAUCUUCCUCAGGAAGUGGUUGAAGAGUUGGGAUUGUAUAUAGUGUCAUUUGAUAGGGCAGGCUAUGGAGAGAGUGAUCCUGAUCCCAAGAGGACAAUGAAAAGCACGGCUUUGGAUAUUGAAGAGCUCGCUGACCAGUUAAAGCUCGGGGAUAAAUUUUAUUUGGUUGGAUUUUCCAUGGGCGGCCAAACAGUCUGGGGUUCCCUCGAGUACAUUCCCCACAGGCUUGCAGGAGCAGCACUUUUAGCUCCAGUAGUGAAUUACUGGUGGAGUGGCUUCCCUGAGAGCUUAUCUCAUAAAGCCUUUCGACAGCAGCUGCCACAGGACCAAUGGACUGUAAGGGUUGUUCACUACUUUCCUUGGCUUACUUACUGGUGGAACACUCAAAAGCUCUUUCCUGCUUCUAGUGUUGCUGCUGGAAAAAUUGUAUUCAGUCGACAGGAUUAUGAAAUCUUUUCCAAGAUAACAUUCUCUGACGGUACUAAUCACAGGGAACAAACAAAACAACAAGGAGAAUUCGAGUCACUUCAUCGAGACAUGAUGAUAGGAUUUGGGAACUGGGAAUUUAGUCCAAUGAAUCUCACGAACCCCUUUGAAAGCAAGCAAAGGUUAGUGCAUCUAUGGCAGGGUGAUGAGGAUACCCUUGUACCGGUCACAUUGCAAAGAUAUAUUGCUCAAAGACUUCCAUGGAUUAAGUACCAUGAGUUGGCAGGGGCAGGGCAUGUGUUUCCCUUAGCAGAAGGGAAGGCCGAAGCUAUUCUCAGAGCAUUGCUGUUGGGUGAGUAGCAUAUUGAUCACUACUUUGACACCAAGAUUGGAUCUGUUCAUCCUGGAAAUCGAGCGAUCCAGUUAGCAUCGUUAUGAAAAAAAUAUAGUUAACAAGCUUAUGGGCAUUAGUAUGUCUAGGAACACAUUAAUAUUAUAUAAUUGGAAACUACUAUCCUGUACUAAAAUAUCAUUCAAAAGGCAUUGGAUAUGUUCGGGUGUGUUGCUUA